CGCCCCCGGCGGCGGCAGCAUGGCGGGCGAGGCGCUGGGGCCGCCCGUGGAGGCGCUGGGGCCGCCCGUGAAGGUGCUGGCUGCCCAGCUGCGGGGCGCCGAGCGGGGCGCCGGCGGGACGUGGCAGCUGGGCCGCGCGGAGGCGGGCCGGGCCCCGCUGCGCUUGCGGGCUGUGUGGAUGCAGGGCACUGUGCUGGAGGUGGAGCGCGGCGGCGGCGGCUCGGCCCGGCUGGAGGACGCCAGCGGCACCUUCACGGUGCUGGGGGUGGAGGAGGUGCCCAAGGGGCGGCCCUGCCUCAGCGCAGGGAAGUAUGUAAUGGUGAUGGGUCUGGUGAGGUCCUGCAAUCCUGAACCUCUUCUUCGAGCAAUAAAGAUGACUGAUCUUUCUGAAAAUCCAGUGCAUAAGAAUAUGUGGAGCCUUGAAGUAGAGGAUUUGCACAGAGUCAUGCCCUAGAAGCUUUUUCUUCUGCCCGAAAGAAUUGGAAAUGUGAUUUUUUGCUUAGUUAUUAUGCAGAGAAUUGGGCUGUUCUGAGUAUAUGUGGUUUCAAAUGUAGACUGAGAAUGAUGGAUUUUAAAAAUAUAUAAUGUCUGUUUAAAGAAAAAUGGUAUAACUAAUUAGAGCCCAAACAACAACCACUUACCUUGGAGUAAACGUCAGAGAGAAGUCAGGCUCAGAGUUAGGCUGAGACCUGUGCACGGGUGGUAGUGUUCAUGAUGUCCAUGUCCUGUUUCACAAUCUCUUCUUAUACCAGCAGAUUAAAUCAUAUUGCUCAAAUAAACAUUAAUUUGCUUCAUUCCAGGUAACAUAUCUGUGUUGCCAUGAAUAUUACAUGUUUUUACAUAUGUUGAUGUUUCUAGGAUCAUGAGUUUAAACGUAGUCACUCUUACAGUGAUGCAUUCUUGGCAGCAAAAGCUGCACAGAACUUACUUACAUUACGAGGGUGAACUUGAUGGAACUAUGUGAACUCGAACUACAUGGAAUGAAGGCAGAAUGUGUUUGAGUCCAUUUAGACUGUGGUUGGAAAUAACUUGGUCCGUGUUUUUUCUUUCUGUAAUAACCAUGACAGUAUCAGACUUGUAAGACAGGUGUCUGUUUCUGAUUGUAGGCAUAGCCUUGUAUUAAAUACCUGUCUGGUUUCUGUGUUUCUGAAA